AUGCGACAGAGGUCUGGAUGGUUGGCCUACCUCGGUGUGUCCUGGGCUCUCGGCACCGUUGCCGGACCGCUCGUGGGCGCUGUCUUUGCGCAGAACCCACAGAUUAGCUGGAGAUGGAUAUUUACCAUCGAUAUGCCGCUCCUGUUUCUGAGCACCGCAUGCGCCAGUCUCUUCCUAGGAUACGAGGAGCGGCCAUGGCCAUCGUUGAAGACGAUCCGGUUCGGAAUGGACUGGGGAGGUUCGGCCCUGUUUGGCACAUCAGGGAGCCUUGUGCUGCUCUCGCUGACAUGUGCCGGCUCAUACUAUCCGUGGAUCUCUGCCCAGGUCAUCAGCCUGCUGGUCUUUGGACUCAUCGGCUUCGUGGGACUGGGCAUGUACGAGGCCUACGUAGCACGGUAUCCCAUCUUCCCGCCCAGGCUCUUCCGAAGGAGCUCAGCCACCAUCUUGCUCGUGAGCGUGUUUAUGCAUGGCAUCUUGACGUGGACGGUCCUGCAUUACAUGUGGAUUCACGAUGUUGGGGUCAGAGGAAGCGGUCCCUUGGAGGCGGGCAUAUCAGUGCUUCCUGCCACGAUGACGGCUGCGUCGGCGGCCAUGCUGGCGGGUCUUUUCGUGCCCGAAACGGGGCGCUACGGUCUCCUUCUCCGUGCCGGAUGGCUUCUUGUCGCGACAGCCGGUAGAGAAGACAAUGCCGAGGCCAUAUGCAUGACGCUGCUGGCCAGUACGGUGGGCCAGUCGAUCGGCGUCGCCAUCGGGCUCACCACGUUCUCGACGGCUCUGGACCGAGAACUGGGCAAGCUCGGAGCGGCCGAGGGGCGGCGCAGGACGUGA